UGCGCCAUGUCUUCGGGUCGGUUUUUCAUUUAGUGGUUUUCCUUUAGCAAUUCAGUUCCCACCUAGUGAUGUCAUUUUGUUUUUAGUGACUUUGAGUCCGCAUGAACUACAUAUCCAAAAUAUCCAAUUGUUUCCGUUGAAAUCUGAAGACUAGACAGUUAUUUUACAUUUGUUUGUGAUAACCUCAAAAACAUAUCCCCAAUCGGUAAACAUGAUUAGCAACGAAGAGGAACGGGACUGCAUCAGAAUUACCCACUACAUCAACCCGCAUAUGUUUUGGUUCAAGUACGAAUCGAGUUUCCUGGCGAAUACUGAACUAUGUGCGUGGGAAAAUCAGUUGCAAACUCACUGUUUUAAGUUCGCGAAUUCGCCGGCGAGCGGGUACCAGCCCCAAGUUGACGAGAUUGUCGUCGCUUACAUUUUCUCUUUGGGUCGAUGGAUCCGGGCUAAAUGCGACUUCGUAGCCGAGUCGGGGAAAAAGUACAGUGUAUGGGCCAUUGAUUACGGGGUACCGUUCCAAGUCGAAGGCCGGUUAAUAAAACCCUGGCCCAGCGACAUUGAGGAUGGUCCUCGGCAGUCGGUGUUCUUCGCUGGACUUAUGAACGUUGUACCAGCUCAAAAGACUUUCAACCUAGAGACCCUUGCCACUGAAAUGGUUCAAUGCGACAAAUGGUCUCCGACUGCCAUCUCUACGAUUGGCAAAUUAAUAAAGGAAGCCGAAGAAAUAAGAUUCAUUCGUAACAAGCGAACAAAACAAGGACAAUUUUUCGGCAAUCUUGUUUUUACUACCCGCGGGAACAAAUCUGUGAAAGCCGAUGCUAUUUUAUUAGAAAUUGACCAGGCGAAAGCCUUAACGACACACGAAUUCUUCACUACUUUGGAUGAAAUAGGUACAAAUCGGUUGCCUAGAUGGUCUAUGUUGAGUGACGAUGGUAUUCCUGUCGCAUUGACGGGAAGUGGAGCUGCUAAAGAGGGGCCUGUAGAAAAGCCAAAACCGUACGCUGCUUCACCUAAUUUAAUUCCGGAAUGCAGUGACGCUGGGAUCGAUAUAGAACGCAAGUUUACAGAUUGGGAAACACGCAAUGAGAAGUAUCGAAUGGGGAAUGAAAUAUCCAUAGAUGACAUUUCUUUUAACGACUCUGUUAGUGUUCGCCACCUUGCUAAAGAUCCGGAGACGGCAACGGAAAAGCGACCAGAAAUUACAUGUGUAGAUGAUGAAGAUCCCCCGAUCAUGUUGAAAGCGGGAACAUUGCGAAGACAACAUUUAAGUAAAUAUCAGCACAGCAUUCCCCCGCCACCAUCCUCGGCGAACGAUUCUAGUAGAAAUAGUACGAGUAAUGCUAACUCUUCGGAAAAAGAACAACAUGAGUUGAGUUCACAAAAAGGAAGUUCGCAUCCGAGCAAUUCCUCUCCUGCCAAUAAUCAUACUAAUGCCAAUCUUAAUUCUGAAAAGUCGCCAAUAAAUGUAGAAGAAGCUCAUGCAAGUGCUGUAAAUGUUGUCAUGAACCGUUUAGCAAAUAAAAGGAAAAAUCUUAACGCAAAAUUAGGUCAAAUCCUCCCUGAAACACCAACAUCAAAUACUGCAACCAAUUUUUCAGAAGCUGACAAAUCGAAGGCCAGUCCAAAUGGCAAAAACGGUUAUCCAGAUAGCAAAAAUCAAAGUAAUAUAGAUGAACAAUUAAACAGUAAUCGUGAAGAUGGUGUUAAGGUACAGAGCCCUGAUAAGCCUGAUCGAAGUCAAAAUAUUUCACCGACUAAGUCAUCAUCAAUAUCUCCGAAAUCGUCGUCUAUUGAAAAUGGCAAGCAGCAUGAUCCUUCUGGGGGGAAAGGUCAAAAACAGAACAGAUAUAAUAAAAAGCAACAAGAAAAAAAUAUUAUCCCUGCUGGUUUCGAUUUAAGGAAUUUGUCGCAAAAGUCACAGUCAGGCAGGAAAUCGAAAAGUCCCCGACAUUCGUCUGGAGCGGGCUCCUCUCGAGUCUCAAAUGAACACGCAACCGUAUCAAAAAGUGACGAAGCUGCUGAACACGAGCAACGAAAUGUGAAUAGUUCAUCGCCCAAGUGGAAUCCAUACGGAAGUAAUGAUGCAGCAGCGCCGAAAGCAAACUUCAGACCCAAACAAUCAUCCCACGAAGCAAAGCAGAUAUCAUUAAAUAACCUUGACGAACAAUGCCUCCAGACUAACCUUUCGAAACAUCUUGUCCUAGUUCAUGGUAAACAUAUCGCAAAACCAAUUGAUAAAUUGGCAAAUGCAAAUUUCUGCGAUGAAGUACAUCAGGAACUUGAGCAUAUGCGAUUAACCCAACUAUAUCGGAUACAGUCUUAUACUUGGCCUCACAUAAUGCGAGGUAAUUCUUCAGUGGUCGUUAGUAGCGCUCGGACAGGGCGUACCCUAUCAUACCUACCAGCAAUAUGCAGUCUCAUCAAGAUGGAAUCAGAUGAAAGUCUCGUUCCGGAUACUGUCGGUCCUAUCGGGAUAAUUUUGGCACCAUCAUCAGUGGAGGUUGAACGGAUAAGCAAACUAUCUCGUCGAUUUCUUCACGGCAGUCCUACUAAAAUUGGAAUUGUAGAAUCGUAUGGAGUGAGAAACACCGAGAAAACAACACGAUACCUAUUAAACGGAUGUGAAGUUCUUGUUGCAACACCACCGAGUUUAACACGACUGAUCAAAAAUAAGUUGAAAGUUUUCGACAGCAAACGAAUUAAGCAUUUAAUUAUUGACAACAUCGAUUUAAUGCACGAGGAAAUGAAAAGUGAAUUACAUGAAAUACUGAGGUUUUGUUGUGGUGCCAAAUCAACGACAUCGGUACAGCUAGUAGUCAUUGCGAAAUAUUGGAGUCCUAUCCUAUCGGGUUUUCUCAAAAUGGCUCAAAAUACUCAGUUGUGCAUUGGAGCUUACAUUGAAGCGGCUGUUUACGCUCGCGCUUUGAUCAACAUGAAGUUCAUAAAAAGGAAAUCAAAAGCACAUGAAAUUAUUGAAUUCAUCAAAGUACAUCCAUAUCUAACUGAGAGGCUUAUAAUAGUCUGCAACGAGGAUGACGAAGUGGAGGAAGUUGUAGAAGCGAUGAAAAGUAAUUCAUGUUUUCAUAUCGCGUGCUGCAAUCGAUCAACGGCUGAAGAAAUCGAGCUUUCCAAAGAGUGGCAUCGUCGCCCAGUAGGAGAUAUGAGUGUUCUUAUAUGCACAGAUAGUGUUUUGCCUGAAUUAAAAGUCAGCGAAGCCCAAAAUAUCAUCCAUUAUUCGUUGCCCCAAUCUUGGACAAGGUUUUCGUUUAGAUUUUCAACUAUAUUUGGGUACUUCGACGAUUUUGUUAAGACCAGCGUUCCACUUAAAACUCCGCCUGCGUGUCUAAUCCUGCUGGACGAAAAUAACAAUAGUCAGCUACCAAAAUUAGUACAUUUUCUUCAAGUCCACAAGGUGGAGAGCAUUCCAAAAGAAAUUGAUGCCCUCUGCAAGAGAAUCAAAAUAAAAAGAGAAGAAGAACGAAUAACGGAGAAUCGAGAGUUUUGUCCAUACAUAAUGGAGUUUGGAAAGUGUUUCAGCAUUGAGGAUUGUUCAUACCGUCACGAACUCACAAAGUAUGAUAUUCCGGAGGAUAAUCUGUUAGUUAGUGGCAGUAUAAAUUUCAAAGUACUCAGUAUUCUGUCCCCUACGCAUUACACGGUGAGGCUAUUGAAGCAUCAAGCGGAGGGUAGUAAGGUUUGGAAUAAAAUCAAAGGGUCGGAUGAGUACUUGAAGUUUAAUUUACAAUUUGCUCAAUACUACUUAAAUUCCGAUAAUCACCAAAUGCAUUGGCCAAUUGAAGUGGGUGAUUUGUGUGUAGUUUCUGAGGCAGAUGCCUAUUACCGCGCAAAGGUUCUUUUUGUUACUAAAAAUAAAAACGUAAACCUCAUAACGGAUGUUAUUUGUCGAGUGAAAUUAGUUGACGUUGGCCGCGUGAUUACUUGCAAGUCAUCUCGUGUUUGGUAUUUGCCGGAGCAAUUUCAGCGGUUCCCACAUCAGGCAGUGAACUUGCGGCUUUCCGGCGUGGUUCCAUACGACCACGAACAAGACUGGAGCAACAAUGCUAUAGAAACUGUUCGAUUUUGGUUUAAGAAGCACGCGACCGAAAACGUGAAUGUGGUGGGAAAGAUAAAAUUUUCACUUAUGGAUACGAUAUGGGUUGAAAAUAUAAAACUCCUAGAGAAUUUAGAAACGAUAAAAACUUACGUGACGGAAGUCAACAUAAAGAGCUCCUUGCUAGAAAAACAGUUUGGAACGGUCAGUCACGAGGCAGAAGAAGUUUUGAAAGACAAGGCAACGGCAUGUGGUAUUUUCAAGAGUGGAUUUCUUGGCGAUGCAAACAACACUAGUACAAGACCGAAUCAAGAUGUCGAUAGCGAAUAUCAGGCGAAAACAUUAUCACAUUACAAAGAAGGCAGCAUAUGUAGUUCUGUAUCUAGUGAGGAUUUACGCGAGGAGCUAUCAAAACAAUAUUUAGGAAAUUCGAUCCAUAAGAAAAUUUCGACAAACUGUGGAAACAAAAUCUGCUCUGAACAAAGUGAUAUAUUCAAGGAUACAUCCAAAGAAUUAUUGAACCAACAAAAAAGAAGUUCAGAUGAAGAAGAGGAAGUUUGGGAGAAUUUACCGGAAAAUAGAUUUUGUCGUGUUUUAGUUGGCGCAUUUUACACCCCCAAUAAUUUUUAUGUUCAACAUUUAACUGACAUAGAAAGUAAAGAAAAACUUUAUGACGCUAUCGACAAAUUUGCUGAAGAAAAUCCAAUUGCAAUCACCCAUCCCAAAAUAGGUUUAAAUUGUUUAGCAAAGUACGAGGACAAAUAUAACAGAGCUAAGAUAACAAAAGUUUUAUGUGAUGGAAAAAAUGACGAACUCAGUGUUUCGUUAUUUUUCUGUGAUAUCGGUAUAAGUGAAACCAUUAAAUUGUCGGAAGUUUUACAUUCCUCGGAGGAGCUGGUCAACAUGCUUCCAUUCCAGGCCAUUCGUUGCAAAAUGACCGGAAUCGUUCCCACUACUUACGGGCUUUGGACUACAGAUACAUGUGAUGAUAUUUACGAUAAUGUUUUGGAUCCUGCUCAGUAUUUAUACGCUCGACCGGUUCGGAUAGAAAUGCCGGAUGAGAAAUCUGAUCUGAAAUAUUGGCGAUGUGAAGUUGUUCUUUUGGAUUGCUCCGGUGAAGUGGAUAUGAAAAUCAAUGAUAAAAUUGUUAAAAUGGGGCUUGCGAAUUACGAUCCGGAAACAGAACAUUUUUUGAGCAUCGUGCCGAAUUUAUCACCCCGUGAUUCCGAUGAUGAUAAUGACUCCAUUGGAUCCAAUUGGGAUGAAUGCAAUUACCAAAGCCGUAAAAUUAUCAACUUCAAUCCCGAAAGCGGACUUGAAGAUUUGGAUCUCGAUGUAGAUAUUCAGUUCUCUCAGGAAGACAUACUUCAGUUGCUAAAUCUUCCAACCACAGCCAAAAUAUUACCACCAGAGCCACCAAAGAUUGCCACAAUAACAGAAAUUGAUGAGAGCCCCAUAGAGGAGAAAUCGCCAGCAGAUAAUCUGGAACAAAAGAAAAUAUCCAUGUACUAUAAAAACAAAGCUUUAGAUGAAAACAGAAAUUUAACGAGUAGUGGUAGCAGCGAAUCCGAUCGCAUUCAGUACAAAUCAAUGCCUCGGUUGAAGUCAUUAUACAAAAGUCCCUUGGUGUUAUGGCAGCAGUCGGAAUCCUUAAUAUCUUUACAGAUCAAUACGCCAGAUAUAGAAGACUAUUACCUCAGGGUGACAAGUACAAAUUUACUAUUUAUAGCUAACAUACAAAACGAUACAAGAGUCUUGUCAUUGAAUUUUUGUGGAUGCAUUGAUUGUUCACUUGUCUCGCAUGAAAUCCGUGGUCUUAAAGUUAUAGUUAGAUUACCGAAAGCAAUAAAAGGUCUCAUCUGGCCGAGAUUAACUUAUGAUUCAGAUAAGCCCAGUUGGUUGAAGUAUAAUUAUGAUUCGAUAGUUAUAGAGCAAGAAGCAUUCUUAAAUACAGCCCGGUAUCGCCAAGAAACUGCUUUAAUGGAUGACUCUUCCGACACUGACAGCUACAUGGACGAAGAUGACUACCCUACACGACCCAAGGACAUGUUCGAUCCAUUUGACGAUGAAUUUACUGCUUAAGGGGAUAAAUAUUUCUAUUUAAUAAUUAUUGAUUGGAUGAGAUUCCACUUUUAAUGGUUUUCUGCAUCAUUUUACUUUCUGUAAAUAAUAAGACAGUGGCACAAGGUUAGAAUGGCACAAUAUAAAUUGUUAGCAAUUUUAUAUUUAGGAAUACAGAAUCUAUAAAUAUAAGUGAAUAUUUUUUGAAAA